GAUAAAGAUAAGUAGAUUGCCUGAGUAAAUAUACACAAGACAUAUAUACAAAGAAAUCAGGAAUAAGAUAAGAUUUGAAAGCUAUUUGCCUUCUCCUCUUUUCAUCUCCCUCUCAAACCUCUUCAGUGAUUAUCACCAAUGGUGACUCCUCUCUUCUUCACGCCAACAAACCAAAACCCAAACGAGCUUAUGAGAAACACUUACCUUGUCAACGACUCCAGCGAGAGCCUGACAGAGCCGCCACAGAAGAGUAGUGGUGGGGAACCGGGAUCGAAGACAGGUGAGCCAAAACGGAAGAAACCCGCGCUGAGAGGGAUGGGUGUGGCAAGGCUCGAGCGACUCAGAAUCGAAGAAGAAAAAAAGAACAUGAUCGAAGCCCAAGGAGGAGGAGAUACGUUGGCAGCGAGCCCUAACGCUACCCCUUCACCCGACCCGGGUGUUGUGCUACAAGGCUUCCCAAGCUACGGUACUGGUGGGCCUAACACUCGAAGCAUGUUCCUUGGUGGCGGAGUCGGGUCAGGUCAGAUCCCGGUUUAUCCUCCAUGGGGUUUUGUAGAGCCAUCUUCAAUCCCAAAUCCUCAAGUGUAUAACCCCUCCAAUAAUCACUGUGAUGUUUGCUUCAAGAAGCAACGUAUCAAUGAAGAUCAAAAUGUGGUACGGUCCAACGGUGGUGGGUUUUCGGAAUACACAGUAUUUCCUCAUCUUCUUCCACCAGACCAGAGGAACCAAGGCUUCUUCUACGAUCAUAGAAUUGCCAGAUACUCAGCUCCACCUUCUGCUCCCACUAAUCAGGGCUCAAUGGAGGAACUUUGGAACGGAAACCCUAGGAACGAAACAGGAGAUGUGAAGGAGUACGAUUUCUUCCCGGUUUCAUCAGUGUCUACAUCAGUUGGUGAUUGCAGUCCCAACACAUCCACCAUCGAUUUGACAUUGAAGCUUUAAAUGUUCUUAAACUAUUUUUGAAACAUCUCUGGAGAAUUUUCACAUUUUUCUCUUUCUAUAGAAUAUAAACAAAUCGUCUUUUUGAUUUCAUAUAAUAAAGUAAAAAAAAAAAAUUAUGGAACAGAAGAAGAAAAACCUUUUUGGUGUAUGC